AUGAGCUGUUGUGGCGAGCCUAAAGACGCCAAUCCUCCACAAAACAGAGCUUUGCCUCAGCAUACCGGCGGGACGAUCGUCAAUCAACCCGGAUACACCCCCGGGCUCGAGAAACCCCAGUAUUUCCAGCAACCGAGCAUUUCACCACCUCCUGCAAUUCAUGCGAACGCUUUCUCGGUGAAUGGGCAGCAGCAACAGAUCAUUCAGCAGCAGCAGACCGGAUGGGGAGGAUCCCCGUCACCGCCACCAAUGAAUGACUUUGCUCAAAUGAAUGGCGCAUCGACGAACACCGCGGUCAAUGGGACUUAUAAUGGCGCAUCAUUUAACGUCAACAAUGGCUUUUCUGCUUCAAAUGCGCCUCUGAUGCGCCCUGGGUCGGCUCAUAAUCGCAACAUGUCGAUCUCAACUCCACCACUACCGAAUAGUCAAUCAAUUGUCCCUGCUCCAGACGAAGGAAAGAUGUCCAUCUCUAUUGAUUUUGGUACGACUUUCUCUGGUGUCGCAUUUGGGUCAUCACGCAUUGCUGGUGGAAAAGUGCAACAAAUCUUGCAAUGGCCCGGAUCGUUUGAAACUUUCAGAAAGAUACCCACCUGUCUGCUUUACGAUGAGUUUGGGAGAGUACUUGCAUGGGGAUUAGAAGCCAAGAACACUGGACAACUUCCAGGAGUCACCCGAUGCGAAUGGUUCAAGCUUUUCCUUGAGCCUCAAGCCCUUCGAGACGAGGGUGCCAUCGAUCCUCGCCUUCCUGCCAUUCCCGCAGGCAAAAAACCUCUUGACCUUAUUGUUGACUUUCUUAGCUGCCUUUGGGAAUAUGCAAAGGACCAAAUAACCAGGGAAAUUGGAGCUGUUGCCGAUCUCAAUACCGCCGAUGUCUGGCUUACAGUGCCUGCUGCCUGGGAUGCUAAGGGCUGCGACAUAAUGAGAGAGGCUGCAAUCACCGCUGGGCUUGUCCAAAGCUCGCAUGCAGGAGACACAAACUGGAGAGAGCGUCUUAGGAUUAUCACAGAGCCAGAGGCAGCUGCUGUACACUGUGCACAACUCAACGACCUUCAUCAUCUCAAACCCUCUCAAAACUUCAUUGUCUGCGAUGCAGGAGGAGGUACUGUUGACCUCGCUGUUUACAAGAUUAUUGGACAAAUGGCGAACCUCGAAAUCGCGGAAAUGUGUGCACGCUCAGGUGCCAAUUGUGGAAGUCUUUUCCUUGACUUCAGAUUCCGCGAGCUUGUCAAGACCCUUCUGGCUGACCAUCCAACACAUUUGGAUUCACCUUCAUUGGCAUACUUCAUGCAUUCGUUUAGCGAAACGGAGAAAUUGAGCUACACUGGUGUCCAGGAUGAUGAAAAUAUGUUCCAUUUCACAUGCUUCAACGUUGACGACCCCCACGACCCUUCCGUUGGGUUAAUCAACGGAGAACUGUCCAUCCCGGGCAUACUGUUGCGCAGAGAAGUUUUUGACCCCGUGGUAAACGAGGUACUGCAACUAAUUGAAGACCAAAUCGCAAGAGUGGAUCAGCCUAUCCAUGCGCUCCUUCUUGUGGGAGGUUUCGCCGGAAGCGAAUAUUUGAAGCAACGUGUUCAGGAACAAUUCUCGAAUCGGAUCCGAGUCAUCGCUCGACCUCCUGACGCAGACACAGCUACUCUUAGAGGUGCAGCUUCUUAUGGGUUAGCACGGCGCCCCCUUGUUUCGAGUGUAAUCGCCCCUCGCUCGUAUCUCAUGAAGGUCAAACUGCCGGCUGAGCAGGAGGACUGGCUGAAGCGACCUGCGUAUAUAAGGAACAAUGACGCUGGUGUCCCGAUCUGCGAAAAUAGGUUGCAAUACCUUGUGUCCAAGGGGGCAAUACUCCGCAAAGGGCAACGUCUGACAACGAAAUUCUGCAAAUUCUCGCAGACCGUGCAAGGCAAGUGA